CGGACGGUGCAGAACUCUGGAACUGUCGUUUGUGGAGAUGGCUCGACGGUCCCUGCUCCUGGUCCAGAUUCUGGUCCAGAUCCUGGUUCUGACACGGUCCCAUGAGGCCCAAAAAACAGUGUGCAGGCAGGAGGCCGUGGCUGACCUGGUGUUCCUGGUGGACGGUUCUGGGAGCAUCGGGAGGCAGAACUUCCAGCAGAUUGGUCAGUUCCUGUCGUCUCUGGUGAGCAGCUUCGACGUGCGGCCGGGGCAGGUGCGCGUGGGGCUGGUCCAGUACAGCUACGCGCCGCGGACCGAGUUCUACCUGAACACCUACCCGAGCCGGGAGCUGGUGCUGGACGCCAUUCGCCGCAUGCAGUACAUGGGCGGGGGCACGUACACCGGGAAGGGGCUGGACUUCCUGCUGAGCGACGCCUUCACGCCGGCGGCCGGCAGCAGAGCCAGUCAGAAUGUGCCUCAGAUCGCCGUGGUGAUCACGGACGGGCAGUCUCAGGACAACGUGGUGCAGGAGGCGCGGCGUCUGAAGGAGCGCGGCGUCACGCUGUACGCCAUCGGCAUCAAAGACGCCAAGGAAGAACAGCUCAGAGAAAUCGCCCAGGAUCUGGUUUACAGCGUCUCCGACUUCACGGCGCUCCACGACAUCUCCACCAACAUCAUCCAGACCCUGUGCUCCACCGUCGAGGAGGCCCAGGAAAACAUCACGCUGCUCUCCAAAGAAUGUGCCAAUGCUUCUGUGGCCGACAUCGUUUUCCUCAUCGAUGGAUCUUCGAGUAUCGGACCGAGCAACUUCGAGGAGAUGAGGACGUUCCUCAAGAGCGUCGUCUCAGGACUGGACAUCGCAGAGGACAAGGUCCAUGUGGGUCUAUGUGUGUAACUGUGUAACUGUGUGCGUAGGUCUGUGUGGGUCUGUGCUCAGUACAGUAAUGAGCCGUACCAGGAGUUCCUCCUCAAAGAUCAUCUGGAGAAGAGCAGCGUCCUGGAGCAGCUGGACUCUGUUCCGUACAGAACCGGAGGAACCGAGACCGGAAAGGCCCUGGACUUCAUCCGGACGCAGUUCUUCACCGCGGACGCCGGCAGCAGACGCGACCAGAGGGUCCCUCAGAUCGCCGUGGUCAUCACGGACGGAAACUCGGCCGACGAGGUGCAGGGUCCGGCUCAAGAGCUCAAACGGCUCGGCGUCCUGGUCUUCACCAUCGGGGUGGGACAAGCCAACGAGGCCGAGCUAAAGAACAUCGCCUCCAGACCCUUCGAGAGGUUCAUGCUCACCAUCGACUCCUACCAGGCUCUUCAGAGACUCAGAGAUGGACUCCUCCAGACUGUCUGCGUCUCCGUGGAGGACAUCAGAACAGCUCUGGCGGAGAAGUUUGCAGACAUCUUCUUCCUGGUGGACAGUGGUCUUUCGCAGACUGAGUUCCAGCAGGUGCGGACGUUCUUGAGUCGCGUGGUGAACCAGCUGAACGUCGGGGCAGAUGCCUACAGGAUCGGCCUGGCUCAGUACGGCGCCUCCGUCAAAGUCGAGUUCCUCCUGAACGCUCACCAGACCAAAGAGCAGACGCAGGCCGACGUGCGGCGCUUCCGACUGAACAAACUCAAACUCAACGAGCCGCGCAACCUCGGCUCCACCCUCCAGUACGCCGCCACCAACUUCUUCUCGGCAGAGGCGGGCGGCCGGACGGAUCUGGGCUACAGGCAGUACCUGGUGGUUCUGAGCGGGAAGGCGUCCGACGACCCGGUGUACCGAGGCUCUCGCCUCAUCAAGUCGACAGGCGUGACGGUGGUGGGCCUCAGCCUGGGGGCGCCGGAGAGCGAGAUGAAGGUGGUGUCCACGGCACCGCACGUUUACUCGCUUGCGCCGAACACCGCGCCAACGCUCAAGGCCGUGUUCGAAACGCAGGAAGUGGACGCGACUGUCACCGGAGACUGCAGCUCGGCUCGUUUGGCCGACAUCGUCUUCAUCGUGGACGAGUCCACCAGCAUCGGGACGGCAAACUUCCAGCUGGUGAGGACGUUCCUGCACUCGGUGGUGAGCGGGCUGGAGGUGAGCCCCAACCGCGUGCAAGUGGGCGUGGUCACAUACAACGACCGCCCGGCAGCGCAGGUUUUCCUCGACAGCUUCAACAACAAAAUGGACCUCCUGAACUUCACCAAGAUCCUGCCGUACCGCGCCGGACAAACCAACACCGGACAAACCAACACCGGACAAACCAACACCGGAAAAGCCCUGAACUACACCAGACAGAAAGUGUUCACCCCCGCCAGGGGCAGUCGCAGCGGCAGGGGCGUCGAGCAGGUGGCAGUGGUCAUCACCGACGGAGAGUCUCAGGACGACGUGGAGGCCGCGGGAGCAGAGCUGCGCAGAGCCGGGGUCACGGUCUACGCUCUCGGGGUGAAGAACGCCAAGAGAGACCAGCUGGACAAGAUAGCGUCCUACCCCACCAACAAACACGUGUUCAUGGUGGACAGCUUCUCCAACCUCAAGACCGUGGAGCAGGAUCUGCAGCAGACCAUGUGCCACAACAUCUUCAGACAGGCCAUCACAGUGUCCUCCAGGAGAACGGGCAUCAAAGAAGGCUGCGUGCAGACGGACGAGGCAGACAUCUUCUUCCUGAUCGAUCACUCCGGGAGCAUCCACCCCUCAGACUUCCAGGACAUGAAGAAGUUCAUCAUGGAGUUCCUGCACACCUUCAGGAUCGGGCCAGACCAUGUGAGGUUGGGCGUGGCCAAAUACGCCGACGACCCCGAGCUGGAGUUCGACCUCUCAGAAUAUUCCGACGCGGCGUCUCUGGAGCGUGCCGUGGAGGACGUCAAGCAACGAGGAGGCGGCACCGAGACCGGCAAAGCUCUGAGCUUCAUGGGUCCUCUGUUCAAGAAGGCAGAAGCCUCCAGGGGGCAGAAGGUUUCAGAGUAUCUGGUGGUGAUCACAGACGGGAAGUCAUCUGAUAAGGUGAAGGCUCCGGCCGAGGAGCUGCGAGCUCAGGGCAUGACCAUCUACUCCAUCGGGGUGAAGAACGCCGACAUGAACGAGCUGCUGGAGAUCUCAGGAGACCCCAACAAGAUGUUCUUCGUCCACAACUUCGACGCCCUCAAACCCAUAAAAGACGACAUCAUCACUGAUAUCUGCUCCACUGAGGUGUGUAAGGACGUGUCUGGAGACCUGAUCUUCCUGGUGGACAGCUCCGGGAGCAUUGAGGUUGAGGACUACGAGAAGAUGAAGACCUUCAUGAAAAGCGUGAUCGGGAAGUCCUCCGUGGGUCCGGACUCGGUCCACUUCGGGGUCCUUCAGUUCAGCACGGUGCAGAAGCUGGAGUUUCCUCUGAACCAGAUGUUCUCGGUGGACGAGCUGGUGAAGGCGGUGGACGCCAUGACGCAGCUCGGGGGCGGGACUCACACGGGCGCCGCCAUCUCCUUCGCCGAGCAGUACUUCAGCGCCACCGGAGGAGGGCGCCCCUCACUCACGCAGAGACUCGUGGUGAUAACGGACGGAGAAGCUCAGGACGAGGUCAAAGGGCCCGCACAGAGGCUGAGGGACACUGGGGUGGUCGUUUACGCCAUCGGGGUGGUCGGCGCCAACGCCACUCAGCUCCUGGAGAUCAGUGGGACUCCAGAGAGAGUCUACAGAGUGAAUGAAUAUGAUGCCCUCAAAGAACUGGAGAAACAACUCACUCUGGAGAUCUGCAACCCCGACCGAGAGUGUAAGAAGACGGAGAAGGCAGACAUCAUCUUCUUGGUUGACGGCUCCGGCAGCAUCAUCGACAAGGGGGAGUUCUGGAGAAUGCAGAAGUUCAUGUCUUCUAUAGUGAACCAGACCAUGGUGGGCUCCAACCUCACGCGCUUCGGGGUCAUCAUGUUCUCCGCCUUCCCCAACUCCAUCUUCACCCUCAACCAGUACUCCAACAAACGAGACGUUCUCCAGGCCAUCGGGAACCUGACCAUCCCCGGCGGAGCCACCUACACCGGAGAAGCCCUGGCCUACUCCCUCCCGUACUUCAACCCCGAGCACGGAGGAAGAGCAGCAGAGAGGAUUCCACAGAUCCUCAUGGUGAUCACAGACGGGGAGGCCCACAGCAGGGAUGCCCUGGCAGCACCUGCCGAGGCCCUGGCGCAGGCCGGGGUGUCAGUCUACAGCAUCGGGGUGGAAGGCGCCAACCGGGAGGAGCUGGAGAUCAUUGCGAGGAACAAAAGCUCACACAUCUUCUACGUGGACAACUUCAGCGGCCUGGACAACCUCUACAAGAACAUCAGCCAAGUGAUCUGCAACGACACCAAACCAGAGUGUGAGAAGCAGCAGGCAGACCUGGUGUUCCUCUUGGACCAGUCUGGUUCCAUCUCCACUGGAGACUACAGCAUCAUGAAGAACUUCACCCUGGACCUGAUCUCCAAGUUCAAAAUCUCCCAAGACAAAGUCCGAGUGGGACUGGCCCAGUUCAACAGAGACUUCCAGCACCAACUGUACCUGCACGACCUGGACUCUGAGGAGAAGGUGGUGAAGCACGUCUUGGCCAUGGUGCAGAAGGGGGGCGGGACCAGGAUCGGCCACGCCCUGGCGUCGCUGCGGGAGUACUUCACGGCGGCGCGGGGCAGUAGGCGGGACCAGCAGGUGUCUCAGAACCUGGUACUGAUCACGGACGGGGACAGCCAGGACGCCGUGGAGGACGCCGCCAAUCGUCUGCACGGGAUGGGCGUGGAGAUCUUCGCCAUCGGCGUCGGACACGUGCACAAACCGGAGCUGCUGCAGAUCUGCAAGAACCCGGAGCUUCUCUUCACCGUUGAGAACUUCGGGAGUCUGGAGAAGAUCAAGACCAAGGUCGUGGAUACAAUCUGCAAGUCCCGCCCACCCAGCGAGCAAUCAGAUUGCAGUAUCGACAUCGCUCUGGCGUUUGACAUUUCUCACCCCGGCGAUUUCGUUCCCGGGACGCAGCUCGUCUCUGGUCAGGUCAAACUCCAGGCGUUCCUCCCGGAGAUCGCCCGUUAUCUCUCCUCCGUGCCCAAACUGUGCUGCACGACGGGGGCGGUCAAACCCAACCUGGCGUUCCGCGUCCUCGACCCGAGCGGGGGACUCGUCUUCGACACCAACUUUGAGCCUUACAACGAGGGCGUGGUCACCAAGCUCCUGGCGCUGAGCCCCACCCAACCCUCGUUCUUUAACUCCGCCCUCCUCCAGUCCCUCAGGGAACUGUUCGGAUCCAAGUCCAGAGCCGGGGUCCAAGUGGCCGUGGUCUUCUCCGACGGUCUGGACGAAGACCUGACGAGACUCCAGGAACAGUCCGAACUCCUGCUCAAGUCUGGUGUCAGUGCUCUCCUGGUGGUGGCGCUGGAGGGAGCUCAGGACCAGGUGCAGAUGCAGAUGUUGGAGUUCGGUCGAGGCUUCGGAUACAAACUUCCUCUGAACAUCGGGAUGCACAGUGUGGCCUCCUCUGUGCUCAAGCAGAUCGACGCCGUGUCCGACAGGAAGUGCUGUAACGUUUCGUGUAAAUGCACCGGACCUGAAGGAGAGCAAGGCCUGCGGGGCCCCCCGGGGACCAAGGGCGGGGUGGGGCAGCCGGGUUACCCAGGAUUCCCGGGGGAGGAGGGCGUCGCCGGCGAUCGUGGCCCACCUGGACCCAGUGGACCUCCAGGUGUCGAGGGGUGUCCCGGACUGAGGGGACAGAAGGGUUACAGAGGUCUCCGGGGAAACAGGGGCGAGAACGGCGAGGACGGGCUCAACGGGGUCAACGGAGAACAGGGUCUGACGGGGAAAGAGGGAUCUAAAGGAGCCCCAGGACGCCCCGGAGGAGCUGGAAUCCCUGGACUGAGAGGAGAAGCAGGACCCAAAGGCCAGAAGGGCCUCAGAGGAGACCCAGUGAGUACAACAGUACUACAAGACCUGCAGGUGUCUGACCCCACGACCUCUGACCCCACGACCACUGACCCCACGUCCACCGACCCCACGACCACUGACCCCACGACCACUGACCCCACGUCCACCAACCCCACGUCCACCGACCCCACGUCCACCGACCACGUCCACGACCCCACGACCUCUGACCCCACGUCCACCACCCCACGACCACGUCCACCACCCCCCACCGACCCCACGUCCACCGACCCCACGACCACCCCCACGACCUCUGACCCCACGACCUCUGACCCCACGAGCACCGGGGAGAGACCGGCACUGAGGGAAGACGAGGACCUCCUGGAGAAAAGCCCAAGAAUCGAACCUGGACCCAGAGGGACACCUGGACCUUCAGGACCACAGGGCCCCAGAGGAGUGAACGGUCAGCCGGGACCUCGAGGACCUCAGGGUCUGCCCGGAGCUCAGGGAGGACCAGGAGCACCUGGAGGUCCAGGUCUGAACGGAAGACGAGGACCCAACGGACAAAAGGGGCAGCCCGGAGAGCCUGGAGAAAAGGGAGACCCCGGAUCCCAGGGCCCCCGAGGACCCCCGGGUCUGGAUGGCAGAGACGGGUCUGGACCCCCGGGACCCAGCGGUGCAAAGGGAGACACAGGAUUCCCCGGAUACCCAGGGCUAAUGGGUGAGGAUGGUCUCCAGGGACCCAAAGGAUUCCCCGGACGCAAAGGCAACCGCGGCAGAGGAGGAAACUCGGGGGCUCCAGGUGGAGAGGGAAGUCCAGGAGAGCCUGGAUUCCCUGGACACGAGGGACCUCGAGGACCUCCAGGAGAACGAAGGAAUGAGUGUGAGAUGAUUCGCUACAUUCGGGAAAACUGUGCCUGUUCCACCGGGAGCUGGCCGACUUCUCCAGAGGCAACAGCAGACAACCACGGAGACACCUGGGCGAAAACAGGAGCAGUUUGCGGGACUCAGUCUGAAGAGAUAAGUCACGAGUUGAGAGCCAAAUCUUUUGGCCAGGCACAUAGUCAGGAGCAGGAGACCGAUGGCGAUCAGCAAGCCUCUGGUUACGUGCGGCCGUAUGGCAUAGUGCAGCACGGACCUCCUGCCAGACAUGCUGGGCUCGCCGAAGGUGUUGCUGGAUGGAUGACCUGGUUCAGUCCUGGUUCUGGUCUCUCCUCAGACCAGGUGCAGUGUCCGCUGGUGCCCACGGAGUUGGUGGUGGCGUUGGACAUGUCGGAGGACGUGACUCCGGUGGCGUUUGAGCGACAGCGUUCGUCCGUCCUGUCUCUGCUCUCGUCUCUGUCCGUCACCGAGUCCGACUGUCCCCGCGGCGCUCGAGUCGCCGUCGUCGGGUUCGGGUCCAGGACCAAGUACCUGGUUCGGUUCUCGGACUACAGAAGGAAAAGUCAGCUCCUGGACGCCGUGAAGAACAUCGCCCUCGAGAGGACGUCCAGCAGAAGACAGCUCGGGGCCGCCAUGAGGUUCGUGGGGCAGAACGUGUUCAAGCGCGUCCGCUCUGGCGCCACCGUGAGGAAGGUGGCGCUGUUCCUGUCGAACGGAGCGACGCAGGACGUGAGCGAGCUGGUCACCGCCGUGAUGGAGCUGCGAGCGCUCGCCAUCGCCCCCGCCGUCCUGUCGCUAAGGCCCGCCCCCGAGGUCGAGGAGGCGCUGAAGGUGGACGACUCGGGCAUCUCCAUGUUUUCAGUUUUGGGUCGAAACGAAGAAGCUCUGACAAAGAUCAAGAACUGUGCCCUGUGCUACGACCCGUGCGCUCCCUCUGAGUCCUGCUCCUUCACCCAGGACCGGCCCGUGACUGUGGACCUGGACCUGGCUCUGGUUCUGGACGGGUCUCGGGAGGUUCCUCAGGAUGAGUUCAGGGGGUUCCAGGAGCUUCUGGGUUCCGUGGUGUCUCAGGUCCAGCUGAGCCCGACCCCCAAGAGACCGGGACCGGGGCAGGUCCGGGUCGGGCUGGUCCAGGUGAGCGGCGCCUCCCCCACGCUGGAGUUUGGACUGGACCAGUACCAGAACCAGAACCAGGUCCAAACUCACCUGCUCCAGAAAGUCCAACAGCAGAGAGGCUCCUCCAGCCUGGGACAGACCCUCGAGUUCACCCUGAACCAGGUGCUGUUGAAGGGCUCGUCGUCUCCUCGCCGUCAGAGGGCGCUGCUCUUCGUGUUGGGGACGGCGUCGGCGUCGGGGACGGACCGGACGCGGCUGGACUUCGUUUCCCAGCAGGCCUUGUGUGAGGGCGUGGCCGUCGCCGUGGUGACCGUGGGCUCCGGGUUUAAUCGCUCUCAGGUGGAGCACAUGGUCAGUCGCCCUCUGGACCAGCACCUGAUCCACCUGGACCGGGUCAGACCGGACCAACAGGACUACGCCCGCAGGUUCCUCAGGGUGCUGCUGUCGGCGCUCAACAGACGUGUGAACUCGUACCCUCAUCCUUCAGUCAAGAGAAACUGUGAACAGUUCCAGGGACAAACUGGUCUGGGGCCCCUGUUUGAGGAGGAGGAGGUGCUGAACGAGGAGCCGGAGCGUUUCCAGGAGCAGACAGGAGCGAGCCGACAGGUGCACACUGUCAGCAGACCGGUGCAGACAGGAGCGAGCCGACAGGUGCACACUGUCAGCAGACCGGUGCAGACAGGAGCGAGCCGACAGGUGCACACUGUCAGCAGACCGGUGCAGACAGGAGCGGGCCGACAGGUGCACACUGUCAGCAGACCGGUGCAGACAGGAGCGAGCCGACAGGUGCACACUGUCAGCAGACCGGUGAAGACAGGAGCGAGCCGACAGGUGCAGGUGGACCUGACUCACGCCUGGACCAGAGGAGACGGACAGAGAUUUGUGUCCACGGCGACAAAGAACCACGACGUGUGCGCUCUUCCUCAGGACCCGGGUUCUUGUGCAGAUUACUCCAUGUUCUGGUUCUUUGACCCGGUCCAGAGGGAGUGCUCCAGGUUCUGGUUCGGAGGCUGUGGAGGAAACGCAAACCGCUUCAGCACCCAGGACGAGUGUGAGGCGGCGUGUGCGGGCGCCAAGUAGAACCGGAACCGGGACCGGAACCAGGACCAAGACCACAACCAGGACCAGGACCGGGACAAUGACCAGGACCAGAACCACGACUAGGACCAAGACCAGACCAAGACCAGGACCAGGACCAAGACCAGGACCAGGACCUGAACACAUCCAGAGCUGAACUGUACUUUUAAAGCGUUGCUAUGGAGACGAGGGCAUUGUCUGUGGAACCUGGUGCUACUGUGUGUGCUAAUGCUAAUGCUAAUGCUAAUGCUAAUGCUAGAGUUAUUACGUCACUUUUUUUUACUAAACUUUUUGAAUGUAUUUUUUUUUACGGGUUAAACUGAAAAUGUUCUGAGACGUUUGGACAUUUUGAACCAAACUUUGUGAAGAAACAAAACAAUAAAAGUUUAAAAUGAAAA